CUUAUCAGUAGAUGUCGCUUUGAUCGAUAAAGUUCCAUUGAAAAAUUUAAAUCAAAAAUGUCAGUUGGAAGUUGAAAGCGGCUAGUGGACUGUUGAUAAAUAUCUUCUGAAUACCGGUGCUGUUGAUCAUUUUGUUGAAAAGCGUUAUUUCACUUCAAUUAAUUUAAGCAUUGUACGAAUAACUCUUGUUUUGUUUCACAGAUUGUCCAUGACUUGUGAUAUUAUGGCUCACGCAGAAGCAUUCCAAUGUCCGUCAAAUAUUCCAUCCGAUUACAAAGAAAUUGUUUUUGACACCUUGUGUAAAAUGAAAGACCAUGUUGAAGCCAGAGGACCAAGCUAUCAGUGGAAUUUGGAUGAUUUUGAAAUUGGUGCGCCUUUAGGCAGAGGCAAAUUCGGACGAGUUUAUCUAGCCAGAGAGAGAACUACGCAUUACAUGGUCGCGUUAAAGACUUUGUACAAAGUGGAAUUAAUGAAAGGACGCGUGGAGAAGCAGGUGAUGCGUGAAAUUGAAAUUCAAACGCAUUUAAGGCAUCCACAUAUUCUACAAAUGUUAACGUACUUCCACGAUCAUAAGCGUAUUUAUCUUGUAUUAGAGUUCGCGGCUCGAGGGGAAUUGUACAAGGAAUUAAAGAGGCAACCAAAUGAAAGAUUCAAUGAACAUUUAUCUGCUAAAUACACUUAUCAAGUAGCAGAUGCUUUGGAAUAUUGUCACAGGAAUAAUGUCAUUCACAGAGACAUAAAACCGGAGAAUUUAUUACUUACAUACGAGGGCAAUGUAAAAUUGGCGGACUUUGGAUGGUCUGUUCAUGCACCAUCAUCUAAGAGGAACACAUUAUGUGGAACGUUAGAUUACUUACCUCCAGAGAUGGUAACGGGGCAAACGUAUGAUAUAUAUGUUGAUCAUUGGUGUUUAGGCAUUCUCUGUUACGAAUUUCUUGUGGGUAAACCACCUUUCCUUAGCGAUUCACAGCAAGAAACUUACGUGAAAAUAAAGACGAUAAAUAUACAAUGGCCGGAGCAAAUUACGCCGGGAGCUAAAGACUUAAUAUCACGGCUAAUUAAACGAAAAAGCUCGGAGAGAAUUUCUAUGGCUGCUGUAAAGAAACAUUUUUGGAUAGUAAAAUACAAAGAUUUACAUUGAUAUAAAAGAUAUGAAAGAUCA